UCAGCUGCAAAUUUAUGCAGAACAGUAAAAUCAGUGCUGCUGCUGCCGCUUCGAGCGUCCUGCACAGAGAAGAAGAAGAAGACGGGCGAAAAGAGCAGCAGCACCGGGCACAACGCAGACAAGAAGCCCGGCGGAUCGUCGCAUCGCUCGGUGUCGCUCUGCAGCGGGCAGCCGGUGCAGGAGGAGCCGGACGAACCCGGAGCGGUGACGCAGCCAUGGAGACAGACGGAGAGCAGAACCAGCAGGGGGCCUCGACCAAUGGAAGCGCUCCGUCUGGGACGAGCUCCCGCCCCUCUCCCAUGAAUUCCAUGUCUCUGUAUGAAAGGCAGGCGGUCCAGGCCCUGCAGGCGUUACAGAGGCAGCCCAAUGCCGCUCAGUACUUCCAGCAGCUGAUGCUGCAGCAGCAGAUCAACAACGCAGCACAGCUGCAGAACUUGGCAGCUGUGCAACAGGCCACUCUGGCUGCCAGUCGUCAGUCAAGCCCCUCCAGCAGUAGCUCUUCUCAGACUACCAGCACAACCGCAGUCAAUGUAACAUCUGGAUCAGGGUCUACAACCAGCAGCCGUCCAAUGGGUGCCUCAGCAACAUCCACAAUCAGCCAAUCGGUGCUGCUUAGCGGGACAGCCGGAGGGCAGGGCCAGAUGUACCUGAGAGUGAUGACAGAUGGGUGUUUUCACCCAAACAUUUGCUCUGUGCUCCAUCUCCAGGUACAGAAUCUAGCCAUGCGAGGUCUGUCGGGUCCUAAAGGUGUGGGUGUUAAGACCGAAGCCCCAGAGAGAAGUGACUCAGCUGCCUACUCGCUGGUCCAGCCCUCCCACCAGUCUACCCCUCAGUCCCCCACCAAACCAAGCCAGCCUCAGCCCCAGCCAUCCCACAUCAAAAUCCCCACCUACCCCCAGCCUACUAAUCUCAAAGCUCACCCCGCCUCUUCUUCCGGUGCCUCGUCGUCCUCGUCGUCUUCCAUCCCUCUCUCCCAGCUCUUACUCCACGGUACUCGAACCCUCACCACAGGAACCACAGCUCCCACAGCAGCGCAUACUCUGGUCCUGACAUCCAACGCCACAUCUCAGCCCCACGGGUACCCGGUGGGCACGGCAACCAUCAAACCAGCGGUCAACGCUCAGACUCUGGUGGUGCAGCCUCUACAGAAAACCUCACUCGGCGCUGAGAAAUCAGGCCACGGAAACGGACCCAUCCCCAUCCAACCUAAAACUUUACAGGGGCUCCGCCUGCCCCUCCAGCUUCCUUCAAGGAACCCCCCUCCCAUCCUGCCCGCCCCGCCGCCUGCCAGCUCCGGCCAGCCUCCCCACACGCCUCACAUCCCGGUGCAGAUAGUGGGAGCCAGGCAGAGCACACUCGGAAACGCCCAGGCUCUCGCUCUGGCCCGUGGCAGCUGCAGCCAGGAUGGUGCCGCCGUCCUCAGCAGCUCCUCUAGUCUGCUCACCAUGGUGGCGUCCAUCGCUUCCAGGGAGGGUGGAGUCGUCGGCCGAGGGGUGGGGCUGAAGACGCUUCAGUCACCCCAGGAGGCUCCCCCCUUGGCUCAGGUGUCUCAGGUGCAUCCACAAGCCAAUCAGAGCUCUGGACAGAGUCAGAACGGACAGCUGGCUUCAAGCCCCGCCUCUUCCCAGCCCUCUACCAUUUCAUCUCCUCCCCCCUCGCUGUCUCGCUCCUCCCUCUCUCUCCACCUGGUGACCGAAGAGCAGAGAGCAGCAUCAGCUGGUGUAACCACCAAUGGAGACUCAUCAGGAGGUCAGACGCCACAGAGUAAACAGACGACUGGCUCGCUGAAAAGAAAAUCAGACUCGAAUUCAGCCAACGACGAACACGGCCCCUCCCCUCCACGGCUCCAGCCAGUCAGAGAUCACGCCUCGGUCUGCGGUCCGGUCAAGGACUCGGCUGGUGAAGAUUUGACUAACGACAGUCCAGACACUAACCCGUCGGAGACUGUUACCACAGCAACAGUGCUGAAGUGUGAAUACUGUAAAAACUUUGCUCCUGCCAGCCAGUUCCGAGGCACCAAAAGGUUCUGCUCCAUGUCUUGUGCCAAGAGGUACAACGUCAGCUUCAGGCAGCACUUCAGCGUGCGGCAGGGUCACGGCCAGCGUCAAGCUCAAGAUCACUCUUCGGAUCGGGAUCAGAGCCGCGGACACCUCUCCAACUCGGACGACGAGGGAGGAAUCGCCAGGAGGAGGGUUCCCCGCAGGACCAGCUCAGAAAUAGCCAGUGCCAAGAUAGCAGGGAGGCCCGUACCUGCCAAGUGCCGAUCCGAGUCGAGCCAUUCAGAUGAGGAGUCCAGCGUAGAGGAGGAUGAAGACGACCCCAUGUCUCUCUCGCCGGCCUCCUCAGCAUCCUGCCACCAGCCGCCUCCUCCGCUCCCAGCAGAGAGCUCACCACCGCCCACCUGUCUGCCUGCUAGCCCCUCCCAGUGGAGCGUGGAGGAAGUGUCACAGUUUAUUUCCUCACUGCAAGGGUGCGAGGAUCUCGCCUCCCAGUUCCUGUCGCAGGAAAUUGAUGGACAGGCGCUGCUGCUGCUGAAGGAGGAGCAUCUCAUGUCCACCAUGAACAUCAAGCUCGGCCCUGCCCUCAAGAUCUGCGCUCACAUCAACAGCCUAAAAGACUGACCG